GACACUGCAGACAGAUGUGAUCUCUGUCUGCUCUACACUCAUACACACAAAACACAAGUCUUUGCAGCCUGAGACGCUCUAUGCAGAACCAGCAGCUGUGGGAAAGGAAACGCUAUUCAGAUUUAGCAAGCCACAACCAGCACAGGAAAUCAUACAACACUACGUGCUGAGAUCUUCAUAAUGCUUCUGGCUCUGACACUAUCUGUGCUACUUACUCGUAGGAGCAGGCUGUGAGCACACUGCCACAAGAAGUAAGAGCACACUGCUACAAGGACUACUAAGGGCACACUGCCACAAGGACUAUCUAAGGACUCCUUUCUAUAGAUAAUAUGCUGCUUUUCGGACAUUAUAUUUAUCAGUGGCAACUUUUUGCAUAGAGCCUUUGUUUUAUUUUUGUAAAGGACGUCGUUAAAACUUUUAUUUUUCUGGUGUUUUUUUUUUUUUUUUUUAGCAUUUGUCUGCAGAAUUCCAGAUACUUCACUUUUAUUACAAAACUUCUGUAAUUCUGCAUUAAAAGAGAGCAUUUUGGAACUCUGCUGUUGGAAUGAUGGAUAAAGGUAUCCUGGUCACCCACACGCAGACUCUGCUCAGGACAAACCCAUUCAACGACAACUACAGCAUAGUGGGAAAGGAACUGGGCAGGGGGAAGUUUGCAGUGGUGAAGAAAUGUGUGGAAUUACUGACUGGAAAAGAAUAUGCAGCAAAAUUUCUGAGAAAACGCAGAAAGGGGGAAGACUGUCGCAGUGACAUCAUCAACGAGAUUGCCAUCCUGGAAAUGGCCCGGUACUCUCCCUAUGUUGUGGACCUGCAUGAGGUCUAUGAGACGAAUAGUGAAAUCAUCCUUGUUAUGGAAUAUGCGGCUGGUGGAGAAAUCUUCAAUCAGUGUGUGGCAGAUCAAGAUGAAGCUUUCACAGAAAAGGAUGUUAUUCGGCUCAUCCAACAAAUCCUGCAUGGGGUUUUGUACCUGCACCGGAAUAAUGUAGUUCAUCUAGACUUAAAGCCACAGAAUAUCCUGCUCACGAGUAGUAAUCCACUGGGCGAAAUCCGUAUAGUAGACUUUGGUCUGUCCAGGCAGGUGGACAGCAUUAAGGAGGUGCGAGAAAUCCUGGGGACACCAGAGUAUGUAGCUCCUGAGGUACUCAACUAUGAACCAAUAAGCACUGCGACAGACAUGUGGAGUAUCGGUGUGCUGACAUACGUCAUGCUUACUGGAGUGUCACCAUUCUUGGGAGACACUAAGCAAGAGACAUUCCUGAACAUCUCUCAAGUGGACAUUCAGUACUCCCAGGAAGAGUUUGAGGGAAUCUCCGAUCAGGCUGUGGACUUCAUCAAGUCUCUGCUCAUUAAGAACCCCAGGAAGCGUGCUCACGCUGAUCAGUGUCUUAAGCAUGCAUGGCUAUCCACAUACCAAGAGCCUGAGCCGCUGCAGGACAAGACAUUUGAUGAGAAGGAAAGCGAUUUAGAGACCUCAGAGGCUACAGAAGAACUUGUGUUGUUGGCCUCCUACACUGUGCACUGUCCGUGUCGGGAAACCAUAGAGACUGAGCUCAAAGGUGUAAGAAAUCAGUUUGCAGCACUGAAAGAAAUUCAGCCUGAAGUUGUGUGUUAACCUUGAGAAACAAACUGGUUAAACCAAAGCGGCUUCAAUUCAUCAUGGCUUCGUUUGGAGAUACACUUUUUAAGUGUCUAUCUGUCAAGCAGUGAUACGGGUCCCUUCAAGAAGCUUGGCCUAGUUGUUUUACUGACUGUUUUUUAGUCUAGACUUUACAGCUUUUUGUCUGCCUUGUUGCCUGUGGAAAAUACCUGAUACUUUACUCUAUAGGCAGGCUUGUUAGCUAUGGAUAUGCAGCCUGAUAUUUGGCCUCUCUCAUGUGUGUUAAGUGUAAAAGGAAGCUAAAGCAGGCCCUCACAUGCAUUUUUCAUUUAUCUUAAUAUGUAAUGGAAAACUAUGUCAGCAUUUUGUUGUAACUACCUGUGGACAACACUGAAACCUAAACAUAGUUCCCAACAUCUGCAUCCUGGACUAUGCAUGUUCUUGGUUAAGGAUCCAACCAUACAUCUCCUAUCUUGCCCUUCACUUUCAUAUGUUUUAAGGACACAUAAGGAUUUACAGUCUCUGUAACAUGCAGGUAUUCAUGCUUUAGUAGGAAAGCCUGCCCAGACGGUAACAAUAUUGGUAACCAAGAAUGUCAUUUACUGCAUGUGCUAAAACAAUAUAUUGUACUUUCAGGUGCCAACCACAGAACAAGCCUUUCUUUGUUUUAUGUGGCAAUUAUAAAAUUCCACUUUAAAGGGCAAAGCUUUGUUCUAUGGUCAGUGUUUAUAUUAGAAGCCAUAAAUAAUUCAAUAGUUUAUCACAGUAUAUGUGCACACACACAGCUUAGAGUUUCUGCUCCAGAACUGGGUUUCACUGGGUAUCAGUGGAUGUGAAUGGCUCUAAUCUGACAGGGGAGCUCAACAUUGUACAAGGCAAGAUACUUAGAGGUACAUUUACUAAGCAGUGAUAAGAGUGGAGAAGUCAGCCAGUGGAGAAGUUGCCCAUGGCAACCAAUCAGCACUGAAGUAACAUCUAUAAUUUGCAUACUAUAAAAUGAUACAGAGCUGCUGAUUGGUUGAUGGGGAAAUUUCUCCACUGGCUCACUUCUCCGCUCCUAUCACUGCUUAGUAAAUGUUCCCCUCAAUCGCGUCUGACCACAUUUGCAUGGUAUAUACAGAAUUCCUCCCAACAUUCCAGGAGAAAGGAAAUAAGGGCAGGAAAACAGGACAGUAUAGUGCGUGUUGUACAGGGGGACGGGCAUUCAGAGCUGGGAAUCACUGCAUGGUUUAUUGACCCAUUUGAGACUCACAAUUCAUCCAACAUAUGUGAGUUACUGUUGUAAGGUGAUUAUUUUAAAAUUUCUGUUAACAAAUAUUUCUUUUUGAAUGUAAUUCUACAUGGAAUGGAAUAAAGGGCGUCCAUACACAGUAGAGGAAGACAUUUUUUUGUAAGAAUAUUCAUGAGAAUACAGCCUAUUCAUUUACCAGAAAAUAGUGCCAUGGUCUGGCACAAGUUCCUAGUAAUUUGAUGGGUUGCAUUCUCAUGAAUUGGUUCACUCUCAUACAGUGGCUGUCUUCAGUAUGUGUAGGUGUAAAUAACAAUGACUGCCAACAGCAUAAUAUUUCAGUGUCUGCAAAAAUGACAACCACUCAUGUUUAAGAAACUACAGAGUGUAAAAUCAUACAGCAGUGAUAUAACAGUUAUAUAUUAUGUUUAAAUCAAAUCAUCUGCAAGCGUCAUACAAUACAAUGCAUGUUGGCAAUGUGAGAACAGAUUAUAUGCACUUUUCGCCCGGUUUUAGGUCGAAUUUACAUUCAACCUAUUCAAUGCCCAUGACAUUUUUUUGAGUGGUCGAAAAAUCCAACACUGGCAAAAAACCACACGUUUCGGCAAAUUCUACGCUGUUAUACGUGUUUUGGCGAAUUUGAGGGCAUUUUUCGCAGGUUUUUGGCGCACUUUUCACCCAUGCCGAUUCGACAAAGAAGAAAAAAUUAAACCGCAUGGGUGAAAAUGGAUUAAAAAACGCACGCAAUUGAAUACCCUGUGCCGAACAGUCGAAAAAAUGGCACUUAAUUGAAUACCCCCCCAUAAUCUGCCAGAAGUCUUAUAAAACAUACUAACUUUCCAAUUAAAUAAAGUCCACCUAGCUGCAGGUUUCUUUCACUUUAAAUACUAUAAAUAAUCUUAAAUUGUUUAUCAACGUUACACUGGCAUUAAAGGGUUCUAAUGACCAGAUAUUAUACACGUAGAGCUAUUGUAGAACAAACUGAUCAUUGUACAGUAGUAUUCUAAACCUCUUUACCUUUUAGGGGUAUAGUCAUUUGACGUCGAAAGCUGCUGUCUGACGACUUUUUUUAGGUCGGAAGGGGUUCCGACCUAUUCAAUAUUUUCGACAAGUUGAGAAAUUCGACUUGUCGAAAAGCACGUGGAUCGGCGGUAUAGCUGCCGAUCCACGUGCUUGUGUUGAAAACGGGGCCCCUUUUUCGACCAUCUCAGUCCAACAUAAAAAAAUGUCGGACUGAGAUGUGGACCCAGAGGAGGAGAGGGGGGAGAGCCGCAGGGAGACGGGGGACAGCCGCGGGCAGCCAGAGGAGAUAAGCCAAUUGAAUAUACCCCUUAGUUUUUUGUCCCAAUAAUGUUGUUCAUUAUUUUGCAAUCUUAUGUGGGACUCCAAUUACCCACAAUGUAUUUGCGUGUGCAAGUAAGUGCGACUGUAUGCCAGACUUACGGUACCGCCGACACCAGAAAAAUGUGCAAGUCCAGUACUAGGAGGGAUCGAGAGGGGUGAAAGUUUGGGUGCCGUUGCUGGUUUUACACACAACUGCAAUGGGAAACUUGUACCCGUCUCAUGGAAUAGGAUUCGCCCCUUAAUUUAUGUCCUCAUCUGUAAAAGACAAAUAUAUUUACCAAUGAACUACACAGGCUUGUAUCUGUUAUUGUAUAAUAUAAUUAUUAUAUUUGUUUUGCCUGUGUGCAAUCAUGUCACUUUGUUAAUAAUGAAUUUUUUUGUAAGUAAAAUCUUGUAUAUUUA